AUGAUACCCCACGACUAAUUCCCAGGCUACCCGUAAGGAAUGAGGUCACGUGAUGAAGUGGGGCGGUCGAACUAAGCCAUUUUGGGGACUGUGUCAGUUUGCAUUGAACCAUCAGACCGAUGUUUUCCAGAUCGAUGUGCUGGAAACAUACGCAUUUGGAACUUACCAUUUAUAGCCACAAUCUGUGGAUUUAUUUGUGAAUCAAAUCAGAAAGUAUCUGGUAACAGUGAACAAUCGUAACCUAUGUGUAAUUGCGCAAAAAGGCCACAAUGAGCACCGCGGUGGUACGUUAGAGCCAUUGACAGCGUCUGCAGCUCAUUCCAAGAUGGCCGCUUCGGUAGCAUUCAUUUUUUGCUGAUCGACUCGCAAGUUUCAUUGUCUGGUAUAACAAAGCUAAGCAAAUUCAAGGAAAUAUACUGGGUCGGCGAGCUCACAUAACAAUGCACCGAACAACAAGAAUCAAGAUAACGGAGCUAAAUCCACAUUUAAUGUGCGUUUUGUGUGGAGGAUACUUCAUUGACGCCACAACCAUUGUUGAAUGUUUGCACUCUUUCUGCAAACUGUGUAUUGUGAGGUAUCUGGAGACCAGCAAAUUUUGCCCUAUUUGUGAUGUUCAAGUUCAUAAAACCAAACCUCUCCUGAAUAUCAGGUCAGACAAGACCCUUCAGGACAUUGUAUACAAGCUGGUACCUGGUUUGUUCAAAAAUGAAAUGAAAAGGCGCCGUGAUUUUUAUGCUGCACAUCCAUCAGUUGACGUUACAAAUGGUUCUAAUGAGGAUAGAGGAGAGGUGGCAGAUGAAGACAAGAGAAUCAUAGCUGAUGAUGAGAUCAUCAGUUUGUCCAUUGAGUUUUUUGACCAGAGCAAAUUUCAAAGUAAAGAUGGAGAAGAAAAAGAACCUACAAGAGAGGCUAAUGUAAAACGGUACUUACAAUGUCCUGCCGCUAUGACAGUGAUGCAUCUCAGAAAAUUUCUCAGAAGUAAAAUGGAUAUACCAUGCACCUUUCAGAUUGAGGUUAUGUAUGAGGAUGAGCCUUUGAAAGAUUACUAUACUCUUAUGGAUAUUGCUUAUAUCUACACAUGGAGAAGGAAUGGACCACUGCCAUUGAAGUACAGAGUUCGGCCCGGUUGCAAAAAAAUGAAGUUAAGCGGCCCAAGGGAUGACAUAACUGGUGGCAGAAGACCUGAUACAGAAAGUGACUCCAGCAGCGACAAACCAAAUAGCCCAGCUGCUGCUGCACCCUCUACAUCCUCCUCUCUGCCCAGCCCAAGCACUCCUAUCCAGUCUCCACAUCCCAACUUCCCUCAUAUUUCCACACUUAAUGGAGUUUCUGCCAAAGUGGGCCCAAACAGCCAAGCUCCUUUCAGCAACAAAGCCUGCAAAACUUCUCUUAAUGGCUCCAACUGUCUUGGGUGACUUGAUAUAAAUGCCAAAGCCAUCAACCCCAUGCAAACAGAGCUGUGAUGUAGAUGCUUUCUUUAUGAACCACCUCUCCAGUUUUUUAUAUUAUUUUUAAAUAUAUUUGUUUUGUCACAACACGUGUAACACAACGUUGUAUUUUUUGUAUUAACUACUAUUGCUUAACUAAUGUUGUCAGUUUUGGCUUAAAUAAUAGCCUAUUGAGUACUGAGCGAAACUCAGAAAGGAGAAUGUAUCUUGUUUUUUGUUUUUUUUCAAUAAAACGUCUUGUUCUUUUAGAUUAGAACAUCAAUGUAUAUAAAUAAUUUUCUUGUCCUUGAAGUCUUCAAUAAAACGCAAGGGGGUUCGCACAGUGUUUUGGAUAUUAAGUAAUGAUUUGUCAUAUCCUAAAGGGCAUUAUUCAGUUAUAAAGGAGAUUUUAACUGUAGCCUAUUCAGUUGAAAAGUGUAAAGCCCAACAAAUUUUUAAGAGCUUAUCCUAAAGCGUAAAUACGAAAGAUGGCAAAAUGUUUUAAAUGUUAGUUUUACAAAGGGCAGAAAUACUGUGUCAGUAUUGUUUGAGUUUUUUGUGCCCGCUAAAUAAGUUCGUUCAGAAAUGUAGUCUCAAUAUUUUUCCUCAACAUUUAUCUUACGACAGAAAGAUAUAGAUUGUUGAUAGAGGACGUAUAAGCCUUAUAAGUUCGGAUGUUCUUUCUUGCUUACAUUUCUGUGUUCAAAUGGUUCUAUGUUAAAACCAAUGUAUCCCUUACUGUUGUAUAAUAUUAAAAAAAAAACUUUGUCUAAAUAAACAUUUUACUUUUUUAUUACUAAA